GCGCAUUUGAUGACAAGCGAAACUUGUCUAGAUAAAACCGGAUGUCGCGAAUCGCUCUUUUUCCGGCAUCUGCCAGCAGAACGCAGUGACACAUUUCUGAUUUGCUGUAAAAAAGUCAGCCUAAAAUGUCGCUCGUGAUUCCCGAAAAGUUUCAACAUAUUCUGCGUGUGCUUAGCACGAACAUCGAUGGAAAGCGUACCGUUCCGAUUGCGCUGACUGCCAUCAAGGGUGUUGGCCGCCGUUAUGCUCAUGUAGUCCUUAAGAAGGCCGAUGUAGAUCCGUUUAAGCGAGCUGGUGAAUGUUCGGAGGAGGAGGUGGAGAAAAUUGUCACUAUCAUCUCUAACCCUCGCCAGUACAAAAUUCCGGAUUGGUUCCUUAACCGACAGAAGGAUAUCAUUGAUGGUAAGUUCUCGCAGCUGACAUCCGCCAACGUCGACUCGAAACUGCGUGAGGAUCUGGAGCGACUGAAAAAGAUUCGUGCCCACCGUGGUUUGCGUCACUUCUGGGGUCUGCGUGUGCGAGGUCAGCACACCAAGACCACCGGCCGACGUGGACGUACCGUUGGUGUCUCCAAGAAGAAGUAAGCUUAGAUGCUGUGCCACCCAGGUGGAGAAGCUGUUUGUGUAUUUAUUCAUACAAAUCGCAAGAAUUGGAAAGUGUUGAACCGUUUGUUUAAAGUUGCGAAAAAUGGAGUGAAAUAAACGGUUUAAAGGAAUGUA